AUGGUGACCUUUGUGUUGAGCCCAGAUGAGGCUGAAGUGGUGACAGGUGAGGAUCAGUGUGGUCCAUGCGUUCGGCUUCAGUUACCCGGCGGAAACGCGGGGUUAGCUUACACUACUGCAUCAAGCACUUGGUCUGACCCCCUUGAUCUGCCCCUCACUAACACCCCCGGGAGAUCCCGUCUUCUGUAACCACAGCCAUGUUUAAAAAAGGGUAUUUAGAUGGGUUAUCCUCCCCCCAUACGGACCAAAACUAAUUGCUAUCUCCAGAUUCACCGGAUCGUCAAAAACCAAGCUCAAGUCCUCCGUCCAGCGCUCUCUGCGUGCGAAGCUAGUCGAGCAAUUCCCCCUCCUGGCACCGCACAUCGACGAAAUCCUCCCCAAAAAGUCGCAACUCUCGCUCCUCAAAGCCCCCGAACGCCUCUCCCUUUACGCUCUCGACAAUGAAGUUCUCUUCUUCCAGCACCACGAUGAUGCGCUAUUCCCCUCGCUGCGCCUUGUGCAUAAAUUCCCCGACUGUUUUCCCACCGUGCAGAUCGAUCGCGGGGCCAUUCGCUUUGUGAUGGCAGGCGCAAUGCUGAUGUGUCCAGGCCUGACAUCGCCCGGGGCGAGGCUACCGGCGGAGGGCGAAGGUUAUGAUGCUGGGAUGGUGGUUGCGGUCAAUGCAGAAGGGAAGGAGAAUGCUUGUAUGGUGGGAAUGCUGAAGAUGGGCACUGAUGAGAUUAGGAAAGUGAAUAAAGGGGUUGGAGUCGAGACAGUGCAUUAUUUGGGCGAUGGUUUAUGGAGAUUAGAUGCUGAUUAG